CACACCCAUAAAGAUGAUUCCCAAGCUGGUGGUGCUAGCCGGCCUGGUGGCUGCCGCUCUUGCACAUCCCAGACACUCACCCUCCUACACCACCCCCGCCCGGAGCUACGCCCCCGUGGGUCCAACUCAGUACGACUUCAACUUCGCCGUGAAGGACGGCCCCUUCGGUAACGACUUCGGACACCAGGAAUCCCGUAACGGCUACAACACCCAAGGCUCUUACUAUGUGCUGCUUCCCGACGGUCGCCUGCAAAAGGUGGAUUACAAAGUCAACGGCGACUCUGGAUACGUGGCCGAAGUGGGUUAUCAGGGAGAAGCUAAGUAUCCCGAAUAUCAUCCUGCUCCUGGCUACAGUCCCGCCCCAAGCUAUAAGCCUGGUCCUAAUCAUAAACCUGGCCCCAGUCAUAGGCCUGGUCCCAGCAAUACGCCUGGCUCCAGCUAUAAGCAUGGUCCCAACCAUAAACCUGGCUCCAGUCAUAGUCCUGGUUCCAGCAAUACGCCUGGCUCCAGCUAUAAACCUGGUCCCAGCUAUGAGCCUGGUCCCAGCUAUAAAUUUGGGCCCAGCUACAGACCUGGCCUCAUCCGUAAGCCUGGUCUCAGCUAUAAUCCUAGCCCUAGCUAUAAGCCUGGUUCUAGCUAUAACCCUCGCCCUUACCAUAAGCCUGGUCCCAGCUAUAAAUUUGGGCCCAGCUACAGACCUGGCCUCAGCCGUAAGCCUGGUCUCAGCUACAAGCCCUCACCCAGCUACAGACCAGCCCAAAGCUAUAAGCCGACACCCAGCAACAGACACGCCCUAGGCCAUAAACCAGCCCCCAGCUAUAGGCCUUCUCCCCAUUACAAGUCCUCAUCUAGUGUCAAGUCUAGCUUCAGCUACAGACCCUCCCCCAGCCAUAAGCCCGCAGCAAGCUAUGGCUAACAUAACCACCUUACAAGAGAGUGAAGCUAAGCUUGCAUAGCUAAACAACAAUCCUUUAUACAUUAUGAGGGAGGGAGAUAUUCAGCGACCAGUCUCUCAGGUACUACGUGAUAAUCUUUAACUGCCUAUUGCUCUCCAAAUGGACAGAAGACCUAUUAGGCCUCAACCUAACCUAACCCAACCUAACCUAACCUAAACUAACCUAACCUAAACAUUAAGAUUACGAUUUUUGAGAACUGCCACUCAUGAAGUCUGAGUCUUAUUAGGACUGGUGCCCCAAUCCAACUGCAUAGGUUAGGUCGUUAGUGUAUAUUAGCCGGAGUAGUUUCACUGGCAGAAUGACCUCAGCAUUAGAUAGUAAGGAAUUAUUUAUCUUUUCUGUGUUAAGAACUUCCCCGUUAUAAUAAGUUAAUAAAUCUUAAACGAUGAAA